AUGAGUUUUCUCGGCCCAUCCUCUCGUCCCAGCUUCCAUCGCCGUGUCGGCAAAGCUCCGCAGAAGCAGCCAGAGGAUGAAGCUGCUAUUCCCAACCAUCAAUGGGGAUACCCAACUCCCGGAGUCCAGUCGCCCUCAUCAGCAUCGGUGAUGGGUUCGGACUUCUUCGUGAGUGACAAUGCUUGGGCAGAGAUCCUCGACAAUGGGAAAUAUGACUACAUCGUGGUGGGUUCGGGAUGCACGGCUUUGGCUUUCAUACAAGAGACGCUGGCUGUUGAUCCACACAAGAAGAUCUUGUGUCUAGAGCGCGGAGAUUUUCUUCUCCCUUCUCACUUUCAGAACCUUCCACUGCCAUUUAAAAUGGUGUUAGGUGGCCCCAGUGAGACUUUUCCCUGGGCACUCUCGAGAAAGACCUUCACCGACCCUGAACUGAGAUACUGCCAUGGCUCGUGCCCCUUCUUCGGUGGCAGAUCGACGUUUUGGUCAGCCUGGUGCCCUCAGCCCGAGAUCAAUGAAAUGAGGGACUUUCCCAAGGCGUUGAUCGCAGCCACGCAGGAAGACAUCUUCUGGCCCGAGGCUAACCGUCUGUUGCACGUAACCGGCACAGACGAGCUGGACAACAGCAUUUUCGCAGGGCUCCAGGACCAGGUCGACAGCAGGUUGGAGAAGCGCAUCAAUGAAAUUCCAACGGCGACGCAUAGCGGUCCGGCGAGGCUUGCCGUCGGUCGGAGCAGCCCGACGUCAACGCUGCGCUUCAACAAAUUCUCGACGCCUGGACCGCUGCUGAAGAUAUACGAGGAUCAAAAGGUCAAGGAACAAAAGGGUGAAGGUGCUGCCUUGGAUAUAAUGCUCAACUGCGUUGUCGAGAAACUCCACGCGGAUGAGGAAGGCAGGGUUCGUUCAGUAAAGACUAGCAAAGGCGUGAUCUCGCUGCCGACCGACGAGACCAGUAUUGUACUCUGCGCUGGGGCCUUUCCCAAUGCGACUCUAUUGCUCAAUAGCUUUCAUGACGCCAAAGAGACUGUUGGAAAACGAGUCACUGGCCAUUUCCUCACUCACGUAGUUGCGAGAGUGCCCCUCUCGAACUUUGGCAAAUGGGAUUCAGCGAUCAAGGACUCCGACCAGCCAUGUAAGCUAGAGAUUGCCGCCCAUUACUUAGCCGGCGAGGACCCAAAGACCAAGCAGCAGUACCAUGUCCAGAUCACGGCAAUCCACAGCCCCAACCCCAAGGAGGAUGCCGACGACGCAGCACGCGAGUGCCCCGACUACGCAGCCGCGGCAACAGAGGAGCAGCUGAGGGACUCGACAAAGCACGUCGUGUUCGUCUGCGCGACGCUCGGGGAGUUUAGCGAGCACAACCAGCACAACUGGCUACGUCCGGACAGGAACAAUACAGAUCCCACGACCAACGUGAAGCUCCAGUACACGCUCGCUGACAGCGACCGUCAGCUGUGGAAUGUCAUGGAUGAGGCGACGUAUAACACCAUUGAGCAAAUGUCCGCUCCGCUGGAAGGACGGGUCAAGAGCGACGUGAUUGAGUAUUGGCAUACUGACGAGAAUGGGGUGAAUGGAUACUGGGACAAGACGAGACCCGACAUCGCUGACAUCCGCAUUCCUGGCAUCGUCCACGAGGCCAGCACUGCUUUCGUGGGUAGCAAAGAUAUUGGCGGAUCGGUUGAUGAGUAUGGCAGGCCGCAUGGGAUACGCAACGUCCACGUCACGGGAGGCGCGCUGUUCCCAACGGCUGGGAGCUGGAAUCCCACGCUGACAAUGUGUGGGUUCACGCAGCAUUUGGCUAGACGUCUCAGCCGACCCGUCGUAUAA